AUGUAUGGAAUUGCGGCUGAUAUCCUAUCCUUGUCUUCCUCCUUUGAUUGUAUCACUUUCUGUUGGAUCUCAAGUGAAAGAAACCUUGUGGCAGAUAGACUAGCGAAACAUGUCUUGUCUGUUGGAGGCUUUGAUGAGGCUGUUAAUGGAUUCACCGAUGAAGGAUGGUCGCUAAUAGGAGAUAGCAUGGAUGAUGUCACAAUCACUAAUGUCCCUCCGGCAAUCCUGCUUAGGUGUUUGAGGGAGCAAAGAUCAGAAUGGGCUGACAACAACAUUGAUGCAUAUCUGGCAGCAGCUGCUAAAGUGGGGCCUUGUAGUGCCAGAGUUGGAGGAUUCGGAGGGCAGGUUAUACUUCCACUUGGUCAUACUAUUGAGCAUGAAGAGUUCAUGGAAGCCAUCAAGUUAGAAGGUCUUGGUCAUUCCCUGAAGAUGCAAUCGUCGCAAGAGACAUCUUCCUUUUACAACGGUAUGGAUGAAAACGCUGUUGGAACAUGGGCUGAACUUAUAUUUGCGCAAUUGAUGCUUCUUUUGCUGAUGAUGCACCUCUGCUUCCUUCUGGUUUUCACAUUAUCCCUCUUGACUCCUCAAAGUCCAAACCAAGCCUUGGAUCUUGUUUCAGUACUGGAGAUUGGUCCAGCCAGAACAACAAAAGCCUCAACUGACCAAUCAGGAAACUCCGGUACAUGUGCGAUAUCUGUGAUGACAAUAGCAUUUGAGUUUGGUGUAGAGAGCCAUAUGCAAGAACAUGUAGCAUCCAUGGCUAGGCAGUAUGUUCGUGGUAUCCUCUCACCGGUUCAGAGAGUUUCAUUGGCUCUUUCUCCUUCUCACAUCAGUUCACAAGUCGGUCUACGGACUCCUUUGGGUACUCCUGAAGCCCAAACGCUUGCUCGUUGGAUCUGCCAGAGUUACAGGAGCUACAUGGGCGUUGAGCUGCUUAAAUCGAACGGUGAAGGCAGUGAAUCUAUUCUCAAGAACCUUUGGCAUCACACAGAUGCUAUCAUCUGCUGCUCAAUGAAGGCCAUGCCAGUCUUCACAUUUGCAAACCAGGCAGGACUUGACAUGUUUGAGACUACAUUGGUUUCUCUGCUAGAUAUCUCUCUAGAGAAGAUAUUUGAUGACAAUGGAGGAAAGGUUCUCUGCUCUUAG